AGUAAUUUUCUUAAAACACAUUGUCUAAAAACAAGCCAAAUUUCAAGAGAAGCUAACAAGAAAUAAUGGAAAUCAACAAGUAUAUUUUAUUUUCACUUUCGCUAGUCUUGAUUUUAGGCAAUAUUGUGGAGAGCUUCGAUUACCUUGAGAAAGAACUUGAAUCGGAGCAGGGAUUGCAGGGGAUGUACGAUAGGUGGAGGAGCGAGCAUAAAGUGCAGGCAAAAAGUCCUGAACGGUUCAACGUGUUCAAGUACAACGUGCAACGUGUUCAUGCCUCAAACAAGCAAAACAAAACAUAUAAGUCACAGUUGAACCAGUUUGCUGACUUGACUCAUCAUGAGAUGCUUAAAACCUACACCUCAAACAUAGAGCAUCAUUUGGCUCUUAGAGGACCUCAAGGUCCCAUCAAAGGUGCCCCUCCAGUUGCACCGCCGGCGAAUGAUUUCCCAAAAGAGUUUGAUUGGAGGAAUUAUGGCGCCGUCAACCCUGCCCAGAAUCAAGGACAAUGCGGAAGUUGCUGGGCUUUUGCAGCCACUGGUGCAGUAGAAGGAAUAAACGCUAUCAGAACUGGUCAACUAAUACGAGUAUCAGAACAGCAACUUCUUGACUGUGAUAAUGAUGGAAGAAAUAAUGCAUGUGAUGGAGGUCUACCAUGUGAAGCAUUCACAUUCAUCAAAGAACAUGGAGGUAUAGCAACCGCGGAGAGUUAUCCUUAUGUAGGUAAAAGAGAAGUAUGUUGUACGGCGAAGUUUGGACAUCACUCGGUAACCCUUGAUGGGAUGGAGAUAGUCCCUGGACAUGAUGAGUGCGCAUUGAUGAAAGCAGUUCAACAGCAGCCUGUAAAUUUUGCCAUGGAUGCUUCGGGUGAUUUCUUUUUCUAUAAAGAGGGAGUGUUCACUGGAGCAUGUAGUACCAAUUACAAUCAUGCUAUGUUACUUGUCGGAUGGGGUGAGACACCGGAAGGACAAAAGUACUGGAUAGUCAAGAACUCGUGGGGAGAAGGAUGGGGAGAGAAGGGAUUCAUUCGUAUGGUACGAACUGGAGACACAAUGGGAGUAUGUGGUAUGUACCAAUAUGCUACCAUUCCUUUGAAAAGCCCAGAAACCAAAAAUAUUGAACUCUAGAUC